GCAACACGGAUGGAGUAUCACUCCUUGACAAUUUUCUCCCCAUUCAUUCUCAACUCAAGAUGCCCGAAGCAGUCUCAAAUUCCGACAAGGGAACAGUUCGUAAGAUCCGUGCGCAUAAGAAGAGCCGUCAAGGGUGCGGUAAUUGCAAGCUGCGUGCUGUCAAGUGCGAUGAAUCGAGACCGAUAUGCAAGAGAUGCAAAGCCUAUGGCGUAGUAUGCAAUUAUGGUAGGAAAUCGCCCGAUCUCGAACUAUCAUCCAGUGGCGGUUUCCAUGUCAGCGUCCUCAAUGAUUCGUCCCUCUCCUCUCCCGAGGCUGGAGUGCCCAAAUCAAUCGCUCCAUCCUUGAAACAAGGUCUAGCCGCUUCUCUUGAAAGCUAUGCAUCAGACGGCCUGAGCCGCUGGGAAUUUGAGCUCCUCCAUAGAUUUCAGCUCCGAACUAUCUACACGGUCACCACAGCCAAGUCUUUAGCCAUAUAUCAAUCUUCAAUUCUCAAAUAUGCAUGCUCUCACCCAUAUCUCCUCCACGGUGUCCUAGCCCUGACUCUUUUGCACGAUCGCUACUUUUCUCCCCUUGGACUUAACUCAAGCCUCACUCCCAGUGAAGUAUACCACUGGGGACGGAGCCUAAAUCUAUAUAGCCUCGCGCUCACAAAACCAAUUGCUCCCGCAUCACGAGAUCCCCUUUGGGCGACGGCUGCUUUCCUAGGCGUUCUCUCUAUAGCCCACGUUGAAGCCCGGACAGCCAAAGACAGCUGGCCAUAUGCACCACCUUCACUUAUGGAUCUCAGCUGGCUUAAAAUGAGUGAAGGCAAGAAAACAAUCUGGAAAGACGGAAACGCAUUCAUGGAAGAAAGUGACUUUCGCAUAUUAGCUCACGAGCAACAAGGAAAUUACCAACCCCCUCUUGUUUAUGGGAGCAAGGAAGGAAUAUGCACCCUUCCAAGCAAUUUUCUCGCAUACUUUGCUAUCGGGGACGGCUUCGACCUUAUCGACAAUCCUUACUAUGCGUCAGUCUACAGCUUAGCGCAAUCGUGGAAACUCACCUCCGCCUUCCAAGUCAUUAUGAACUGGAUUUUCUACAUCACAAACAUGGAAAACAGAUAUAAGACCUUGCUCCGGAGCAAAGAUCCUCGAGCCCUUCUCCUUAUGGCCUACUGGUAUAGGCUCGCCGCCGAAACAAAACAUUGGUUUUUGAUGAGGAGAGUGCAUGUGGAGUGCGAGUCAAUAUGUUUGUAUCUUGAGCAACACUACAGUCAAGAUCAUGAGCUCCAAAUUCUACUGGAGUACCCGAGGAGCAUAUUAGCACUUGGUAGCCCUUGAAUUCUACAUGAUUAAGCACUUGUCUUCAUCAUACAAAUCAGGCUUAGUCCAAUGCGAUUGUUUGAGCACAAAACGACAGGUUACAUUUGACUGUCUCUCCCCCUUGCUCGUAGCUCAUAGUCUCGCUGCACGAUAGACAAUGUCACGAUCAAGUGGAGAUGGUAAGCUC